CGAAGCUGAGGAGGUCAAAUUUCUUGGGUUUAAGGGUGUUGGGGGAACUUAAUUUAAUGGUUUUUCCGGUUGUUAAGUUUGGGGCUAGUCCCAAGAAACCUUAUCAUGCUCGCGACCACCUCCUCUUAUACAACAAUUCAUUAGGAUCAAUAGGUACGUAUCCGUAUCACACUUCUACUUGUAACUCUGUCCAGAUUACCAGCCCGCUCUUAAUGAGCACUUGUUGAAGGAGUAAUCCUCACUUCCCAUUGGUUCUCCGCCACAAGCACAUCUCUCUGAUUGGUCGCUCAAAUUUGUAGGUCAAUUCUCGCUUGGCACCCAAUUAACUAGGCUAAUAUCUGGAGAAAAUUAUUAAUACCCCCGUUACUAUUUUGAAUUUUCCUAGUCCUGGUGACGUCGCGAUGUGUCACGCGUUACCGUGCUGUUAUUGGCUCAGACCAUAAACAUGAUAUAUAAGACUAGGUUGACUUUAGAUACUUUCAGUUGCACCAUUUUCACGGUUCAUCAUGCCUUAUUUGUGUUAACCACUUUUUAAGUUAUAAUUUUUUGUUUAACUUUUUUAUUGCCGGGCACUUCUGCUAGUUUGAAACGAUCUGAAUAUUUGAUUUGUUUUUUAGUUAUUUGGUAAAAAUAAUUUAAGUAAUUUUUUCACUUGUAAAAACGCAAAACUUAAACCACAAAAUUUGCCAUAGUUCAAUUGUUGGAAUUAUGAUUGAAAAUAUCGUAAUACUGGACUAAAGGUGAAUAAAUAUCCAAUAAAAUAAAUUCAAUUGAAAAUUCAAAUGGAAUAAAUAAGUUUUGUAAAAGAUGAGCUAACAUCGUUAUUUUUAGUAAAAAAUGACGACGAGUGCGUUUCAAAUGAUUCCGCCCCGUCCAGCGGUCUUGGCUCCGCCAAGGAAUUUCUUACAGUUCAUGCAGCCAUGGAACUUUACUCUCGACCUCAACCGGGUUAAUCCUGCUUUCUUCAACCGACCUCUUUCUCCUCCUGAACCCAAGAGUUUUACUCCUAAACUGCUAUCGGUAUCUCCGACUCUGAUACCCUCGCUCAGUCCGCCUCCAAAGAUUACGCUAACACCAGAGAUACUGAACUUGCUCAGACAACAGUCAAAUCUUGAUCAGAUGUACAAACAACCUUCUUUCAAACCCUUACCGAAAAGCCCCGAGUGUGCGACAUCACGAGGUCCAAUGGAUAUCAGCACUCUGGUUAACCUGAGUAUCAAGGAUCUUAACAAACAGCUCCGGGGAAUGAACAGGACCGAGGUGGUGAGAUUAAAACAGCUGAGACGCCGGCUUAAGAACAGAACAUACGCUAAACUGAGCAGACACAAGCGUGUCGCGACCAUCUCAGUACUGGAAGAGGAAAUCACCGAGCUUGAACAAGAGUUAGCGUGCCAAGAUCAGGAGUCAGAAAAAGUGAGCCGGAAUACAGCCGAGAUGAACCAGAAACUGGCGAUGCUGCUCCAAUUCGCUGAUCAGCAUAACAUCAAAACUGAUUUCCCUGGUUUUAACCAUCCUUGAAGCUGAAAUCCUUGUGUCUCGACCAAACUUGAGACGAUCUAAGAAGUCACAAGCAAUACAGUUCGCCAGUUCAGCGAAUACCCUAGAUCCCAGAGAAAAUUCUUCGGGAUGGUCCAGAUUUUCUCAAGAUGAAUAAAAAUACAUAAGUACAAAGUAUACUGUUUGCUUAGAAAUUCAAGCCUAAAACAAAAAGACGCGAUGUUGAGCAAUGCAGUGUACGUUCUUUAAAUCACGUGGCAUUAAGUUAGUUAUUUUAUUAUACUUGCUGGUCAAACUCAAAACUGGGUGACUUUUUCGUUCAUGCUUUAAUUUAUAAUCUCAUGUUCUUUUCGAUGACUCAAACUGUAGAUUGUAGAUAUUUUAAUAACGAUUUUUCAUGAUUUUAAAUGUUAAACAAUAAGGCGUUUCACAGACUUCUUUAAACUUUACGUUCACUGUUCAUCCUGCUAAACCUUUUUCUCUGAAAGCUCUUUAUUGAAUAUUCUUUAAUAUAAGUUCUAUUGCAUGAUUUAUCCAUACACAUCAUGAUCAGUUUGAUUUUUUAGAAUACUAAAUAUUUUUGAGUUGUGCUUUUCAAUAACUACCAUUAAAUGUUGAAGCACGUUGAUAUUACAAACUUUCCUGCGGUAAUAGACAUGGCUGUUUAGGAAAUUUUAUGUAACGUAUUGCAUGUUUGAGUAGAUUUAUGAUUUUGCGUUUGUACAAGUUUAAUUAUUUAUUUGUGUUAACCAUGCUGUAUUUGAUUAUCCCAUUUUAGUUGUUUUAAAUCCAAGUUUU